AUGGAUCCAAUAGAGCAAAGUUUCAGAAUCAACUUAGCAAACGCUUUACCCAAUCUGUCAACUGCCACACAAGCCGUACACGCAGAUGAUGUCCUCAACAAUGUCGACGACGUGGCACCGCCAAUUCACGUUGCCGCAACCUUCCGUUAUCCACGGGCUCCAGACCGCAUGCGAGAACACCACGAGAGACCUUCGUAUCCGGUUCUAGAUAUCGGGGAGCACUGCUAUUCAAGACAAUCCACACCAGGACUAUCGCGCCUUGAAACCGUCUUAUCUUCUAUUCUGGGCCAACCCUGCAUUGCCUACUCCUCUGGUCUUGCAGCAUUUCAUGCUUUGCUGAUCAUGCUGAGACCCAAGAAAGUCUCUAUCGGCGCGGGAUACCACGGAUGCCAUGGGACCCUGGACCUCUAUGCCCGUUCGUCUGGCACGGAGGUGCUCUCACUCGACUGUGCCGUCGACCAAUUAGGUCCAGGCGACUUGAUUCAUCUUGAGACACCUGUUAAUCCGACUGGAAAAGCCUUUCACAUUCAGUAUUAUGCAGACCGUGCCCAUUCCAGAGGUGCCUAUCUCAGCGUAGACUCGACGUUUGCGCCUCCUCCACUCCAAGACGCAUUCAUCCAGGGUGCAGAUAUCGUCAUGCACUCUGGAACAAAAUACAUCGGUGGCCAUUCCGAUUUCCUAUGUGGCGUUUUGGCGAUCAAGAGUGGCAGCCCCGGUAACGAAUGGCUACAGCAACUCCAUCGGGACCGAUUGUACCUUGGGUCUGUCAUGGCAGGUUUUGAUAGCUGGCUUGCAACCAGGAGCAUCCGCACUCUCGAGAUGAGAGUUCUCAAGCAAAGCCAAUCAGCGGAGGCUAUCGUUAGUGCAUUAAGACUUGGCUUGGUAGGGACUUGUCGGCAGUCAUCAUCGAGAAGUCUCAGCGAUAAAGAGGUUCACGUCAUCCAGAAAGUGGUCAAAGAGAUUCAUCACGCCAGUCUGCAAGACGAAGCCAAUACGGAAGGAAGCUGGCUGCGAAAACAAAUGCCUCGAGGAUAUGGACCCGUGUUUUCUCUAACUCUUCACAAGGUGGAAUAUGCCCGGAAUCUUCCGUCCAAGUUGAUGCUCUUCCAUCAUGCGACCAGCCUCGGCGGUGUAGAAAGUUUGAUUGAGUGGAGGACAAUGACGGACUCGACGGUGACAAAGGACUUUUUGAGAAUUAGUAUUGGUGUGGAGGAUCCAGAAGACCUCUUGGCGGAUCUACUUCGAGGUUUAGAAGCGGUCAUAAUCGGGAGUAGUUGA